AUGGCCCAAGUUCUAGAUUUCCUCCUCCUCAUUGCUCUCUGCUCCAUAUCUGAAUGUGUUCAGCAUCAGUAUCACUUUAUAAAUGAGAAGAAGGAAUGGGCUGAUGCUCAGAGUUACUGCAGAGAGAAAUACACAGAUCUGGCCACUGUUGACAACAUGAACGACACAAAUGAGCUGAUGAAGAGUGUGAAUGAUGGAGGUAAUCAGUAUGUCUGGAUUGGUCUGCAGAGGAAAUGGCAGUGGUCUUCAGGUGAACCUGCACUCUUUCUGAACUGGGGAAAUAAACAACCAGAUGGCAAAGAUGAGUGUGCUUUUAUGAGAAAUGGUCAAUGGGAAGAUGGGAAAUGUAGUGACCCCUGGAUAUUUGUCUGCUACAACAAUAAACUGAUUGUGAUCCAGCAGAAUCUGUCGUGGUCUGAAGCUCUGAGAUACUGCAGACAGAAUCAUGUGGAUCUGGUCUCGGUUCAGUCAGUGGAGAUGCAGCAUCGUGUGAUGAACGUGGUUAAACUGGCGUCUACUGAGGCGGUGUGGUUGGGUUUACGUCACUCCUGCGCUUUGGGCAUCUGGUUCUGGGUGAGUGGAGAGACCGUGUGCUAUCAGAACUGGGCUCCAGGGAACGGCACAUCAGAGGAGGACUGUGAGCCCACAGUGAGAUCUGGAGCAGUUCAGUAUGGAGGAGAUCAGACCUGGAUCAGCCGUCCUGAAACUGACCGACUCAACUUCAUCUGCAGAAAUUAUUAUUUGUGAAGGACCUGAUGAUGUUUCUGUUCAAAAGCAUGAAUGUUUCAAGAUCUUGUAUUGUUUUAAAUGUUUCUAUCUAGAUAAUCGAAUCAAUAUUUUUCAUAUUAAAUGUAACAUUUUUAUUUAUUUUAAAUUGCUAGUAUAUUAUAAUGUUUAAAGACUCCAUGAAACUCAACUCAAUUUCAGUCUUUGCUUUUAAGCAAUAGUUUACCCAAAGCUUAAAAAUGACCACAUAAUUUACCCACCGUCAUGCCAUCCUCAACGUAUAUGGCCUUUUUCUGUCAGACAAACACAGUUUAAACUAACCGAUUUAUCUCCAGGGGGUUAACACAUGUCUUAUGAAGCAGAUUCACGUGUUUUUGUAUCAAAGAUAUUUCCAAUUAUUCAAUUAUAAACUCUGAUCAAUGUACAUUUUGCAUGACUGACAUAUACAACAAAUGAUGUAAGGCAAAUUCAUAAAUGAAUUACUGGAAAUAGACCUUGCAGGAUCCACUUACCACAUAGUUUGUUUAUCACAGAAGUCAACAACAAACAAGAAAACUAGUUGGCCUGGCCUUACUGUAUGAUGUCACACAGUACAUUAUUCUUACAAUCUGUCCGAUGUCUUAUACAUCAGUCGCGCAUAAUGUGCAUUCGGCCUCCACCGUAAGUUGUGAAUUAUUUGUAUUAAAUAUUUUUGAAAACACAUGAAUCUGCUUCAGAAGAGGCAGGAUAUUGUGUGUUCACCUGAGUGAAGAAAGAAUGGUUUGAGGGUGAGUACAUUAAGGGCUAGUUUUCUUCUUUGGGUGAUCUAUAACUUUGUUACAUGAAACAAUCCAAUGUACAUGUGUUGAAUUAGGAAAGAAUUUAAAAUUGUGGCAUUAAUUAUAUUGACUGCUUAAAAGAAAAAUAAAUUGACUGUUGAUUUCAUGGGAUCUUGGUGUUCUGGUGGUGUAGGGAUUUUCUUUAAUCAUAUUGUUACAGAUUACUAAGGCUGUCCCUGUGUAAAGGUGCGGUCACACUAGAAUUUGAGCUUGCGAAAUUUUGUUGUACGGCGCUGUGAAAAGGGACGGAAUUAAACAAGAUGAUAAGACAUUUAAAAAUUAAGAGCUAUUAUGCCGCCUUUCCACUGCACACGACUGUCGGAGUACGCCCCCUUGUGGCAGUCGCACAGAAUUUUCAGUUCUGACAUGCACCAUGGGAGAGAAGCUGUUCUCGCAGCGUCCGAAAUAAAGGAGUGCAAAAGCAAGAGCCAUUAUUCUCUGCGUUCACAGUGGUUGAAAGAAUGAAUGAUUACUAUAAACUCAUAGACCGCUAAAAAUAUUGG